CAAGUACAUCUGGCCAUUUACCAAGAGGAAUGCUGCCAAACAGCAGUUGGGAGACAAGGUGCCUCAGGAAGCACAGGAGGAGAGUUGAUGAUGAAAGCCACCCAUGCUCCACCACAGCCUUGCCCAGCCCCUCACAACCUGACUCCCCUGUCCUCUUCUUCCCCAUCCCGACCUGAGACGGAGAGCUCCUGCAUGGAGAUCGAGGCAGCACAGAGGAGACUUCAGGAAAUUGAAAACAGAAUAACGUUAGAGGACGAUGACGAGGAUCUGGAUGUGGAGCCCGUGCAACGAAGGCCGGUGUUGGUCAUCUCGGACAGUUUGAAGGAAGGCCUGCAACGAGGUUUCAGCGACAUUCUGCCACACACAGUCGCCCAAUCUGUGAGCCAUUCCUGCAUGGAGUUGGUGUUGUGGCGGCCACCCGAAGACCCCUUCUGUCGCAGACUAAAAGGCUCCUUACAGAAACAGAGGAAACAACAGACUGUUUUGCGACCGACCCCCACUCCGUGUCCUUCGCCCACCCCGCACGUCGCCCACGCCGACACACACUGUCCUCUUCAUAACCUUCCUGUCGCAGAAAGCUGUGGAGAGGAGGACAUGGAAAUGUAAGAAAGUAUAAGAUUGCUCGAACGCAUCUGGAUUUCUCCUGCUCGAGUGCUAGCUUGGCCACUUGAAAAUUAUUGGAAUCAUCCACUGCUUUGGUGACAUUUGGCAGCUUGAAUAUAAGCGCAGACAACUGUCAUGAUGCCUUGUUUGCAUUUCAUAGCGUCAUUCACACAGCCUGUGUCAGGGUAGAGGAAGAAGUUUGAUCUCAGCAUUUGCCAAAGUCUGGUAAACAUUACACAGUUUGGAGGUGUCUUUAGUUAAUCACCAGUGAGCAGCCCCUGAUUUUGUACCCUUUUGCCAUCAUGAAUCGGAAUGUGAUUCCUCAAUGUUCAACACAGGCCAACAACGUGCAUGACUUUGUGUCAAAGCUGGAUUUGUUGUGAUUGAAGGAUCAGAUUUCCCUUUUGUUGAGCAAGUAUCCUUUGUGGGCUUUGAAGAAUUUAGAAAAUCCUGGAAAUUUCCUUUUUAUUUAUUUUUUUGUUUUUUUUUCCCCCUGCAUGUUUGCAGCAGUAUUCAAGUGAGACAUGUUGACUCUGUAUUUGUUUUCUAAUAAAAGUGUGCUUCAUCCUUUA